AUGGGAAAUACACCACUGCAUAGUAAAAGGCGACUAUCUGGUGACCUCGAACCAAAUUCACUUGAAGAUACUCCUCCUCAAAUAUUCAUGGAUAUUCCUAACAAACGUCCUAAUCUCUCUGUCCAAAAUGAUUUUCCUCGUUCUGCUCCGAUUGGAACGGGUUUUAAUCCAAAUGAUGUAGAUAAUAUGGCAUGGAUGCUUCAUGGAGCGAGUCUCCAAGAGUCAGGUUUUCCCCCACGCUCUCAGCCUAUCCCCUCCUCUUCUACCGCUCGUCCAACCUCCCUUCCCGGUCCUUCCCAAUGUGCCUAUUUGGAUGUGUCAAGUGGCUCGCGAAUGCUUAGCUCAAGUGUCGGAUACCCUGGAAUGCAACUACCUACCGAUAUCGAAAUGACGCCAACUGAUAAUCAGCCAAAACUUCUCCCAACUGUCUUUCGUUGGAAUGGUGGUGGUCAUGAAAUUUAUGUCAGCGGGACCUUUGAUAACUGGCAAAGGAAGAUUCCAAUGGCUAGACGAAAAUCUGGCCAUGUUGUGAUUGUCGAUUGUCCACCCGGUCGCCAUGAGUACAAGUUCUUCAUCGAUGGCGCUUGGUAUCAUGACCCUACCAAGCCAAUGGUGGAUAAUGAGUACGGAACGAGGAACAAUGUGGUGGAAGUGAAGGAAUCAGAUUUCAACUUCCUUAAUGCCCUUGAACAGGAUAUUGCUAAUAGCAAGCACAAGUCUGAUUCAACUGGUGGCAGUUCUGAUUCUCUCGACCUCAUAACCCCCCUAUCCACCAUGGUCUCUUGA